AUGGUGCCCCCGGAGGGCGCCGAAAAGUAUGCCUUUGAAGCGGAAGUGCACCGUAUGAUGGAUAUUGUCGUCAAUUCUCUCUACCAAAACAAAGACGUCUUUCUGCGUGAACUCAUCUCCAACGCCAGCGACGCACUCGACAAGUUUCGUUACCUCGCUCUCACGGAACCGGACACGUACAAGGGUGAAGAAGAGAUUCCUCUCCAAGUCAAGAUCCAGUACGAUGCCGACGAACACACUCUGACUAUUCGGGAUACCGGCGUCGGUAUGACUCACGACGAAAUGGUGGAGAAUCUCGGAACCGUCGCUCGAUCGGGAACGACCAAAUUCAUUCAGUCGCUCAAGGAAAGCGGCAACGACGAUUCCGCCAUGUCCCAGAUUGGUCAGUUCGGUGUCGGUUUCUAUUCCACCUUUUUGGUAGCCGAUCGCGUCACAGUGGCUUCCAAAAAUCCACGCGAUGACGCCCAACACGUCUGGGAGAGUGAGAAUGCAUCGUCCAGUUUUGUGGUGUACCCGGAUCCCCGUGGCAACACGUUGGGCCGGGGGACCGAAAUUACGCUCCAUCUCAAGGAAGACUCGUUGGAAUACGCCGACCCAAAUCGUCUCCGUGAACUUGCCCAACACUAUUCCGAAUUUGUCAUGCAUCCCAUUUCGUUGCGAACGACCAGUACCAUGGAGGUCGAGAUCGAAGACGAAGAGGAGGAAGCCACGCCCGAAACGACCGAGGAGGCCAAGGAGACCAAAGGAGAUGACGGCGACGACGAAAUUGAAGUCGGUGACGACGAGUCCGAAACGGAAGAGAAGCCGAAAAAGACCAAAGAAGUUACAACGCACUCUUGGGACGUUCUCAACACUAACCAAGCUAUUUGGACACGUGAAAAGGAAGAUAUUUCGGACGACGAAUACCAAGCCUUUUGGCAAGUUCUGGCACACGAGGCCACCAGCAACGCUACCUCCUGGUCCCACUUCAACGCCGAAGGAAACAUCAAUUUUAAGUCAAUUCUCUACUUACCCGACGACCUUCCCCCCACGUAUUCGUACACCAACAUGGAACCCGUGCAAGGGGCUCUGAGGCUGUACGUGCGUAAGGUAUUGAUCGGGGACGAGUUUAACUUGCUUCCCAAGUACCUGGGUUUUAUUCGGGGCGUGGUCGAUUCGGAUGACUUGCCUUUGAACGUCAAUCGCGAAACGCUGCAAGAAAGCAAGAUUCUAUCUGUGAUCAAGAAAAAGUUGGUGCGCAAGGCCAUCGAGAUGAUACGCCAAUUGGCCAAGGACAGUGAAGACGAAGGUCAGUCCGAAGCGGAAAUUGACGAAGAAGGAAACGUCAUUGAAACAGAAGAAAAGGACUCUAGAUACAUUGCAUUUUACCGCAAGUUCUCUCCAAACAUCAAGCUGGGUGUAGUUGAGGACGAACCGAACCGCGGAAAGUUGAUGAAGUUGCUCCGUUUCCAGACUUCCAAAUCAGAUGGUAAGAUGAUUUCGCUGGCUGCGUAUUUCGACAACAUGAAAGAGUGGCAAGAGGAAAUCUACAUUUUGGGUGGUGCUUCGGCUGAAGAGAUUGAGAAGUCACCGUUUUUGGAGACAUUCCGUGACAAAGACGUGGAAGUCAUAUAUCUAACCGACUCUAUCGACGAGUACAUGCUCCGCCAAGUUCGCGAUCACGAGAAGAAAAAAUUUGUGCAGAUCUCGAGUGAAAGCGUCAAGUUCAAGGACGAAGAUGAAGACUUGAUUAAACGCCGCGAGAAGGCCUACAAGAACACAUUUAAGCCUUUGACGAAGUGGUUGCGAAAGCUAUACACUGGCUCCAUUCUUCGAGUGCAGGUGGCCCGCCGUAGUCUCGGAUCGGUACCCGCCAUUGUUACUAGCUCAGAUUUCGGAAACUCGGCAAAUAUGGAGCGGAUUCUUCGCGCCCAGGCUUUCCAGCACGGCAUGGACCAGUCGUCGUUUUUGGCGUUGAAGGUCUUUGAAUUGAACCCUCGCCAUCCGCUUGUGAAAAAGUUAUUGGACGGAUGUCCACCGGAAGAAGAGGGCGACGAACCCUUCGAAGUGGCUCCGGAUAUCCUGGAUGCUGCAUGGAUGCUUCACGAUAUGGCAAUGCUCAAUGGCGGCUUCCCGAUCAGUGACCCAGAGGCACACAACCAGCGCCUC